AGUGACCAGGAAGCCGCGCACUGGCAGCAUUUUCCUGCGUGGACGCGGGGAACCCCCACCCGGCGCGUUGCGGUGCCGAGGGGGGGGGGAGGCGGCGCCGGGCGACGACUUAAGAGGCGCGAGCGGGCGGCGGCGGCGGAGAAGCAGGUCGGGGCAGCGCAGCACCUGCAGGGGCCAGCGACCGCGUUGCCAGCAGAGAGGCCGCCGGCCGCGCCAGGGCGUCGAACCGGUUGGUGCAAGAGCCUCUGCAAGGGAGGCGGGAAGAUGGCGUCGCUAAAGAUGGCUGCCCUGCUAGUGGCGAUGAUGUGUGGUUUGACUCCAGAGGGCGAAGCUAGGGCGACGCCGCAGUCCGCGCACUACGACGCCGUCGUGGUGGAGUUCGCGGCGCGCGGGCGCGCCACGGCGGAGCCGGCGCUGGCGGUGGUGGCGCGCAACUGGGCCGCCAUGGAGCGCAUCGGCGCAGACGUGGUGGUGUUCCCGGAGGUGGGGCUGACGGGCAUGGAGGUGCCUGGCGAGCGGCCGCUGCUGCGCCCGCUGCUGUCGCGCGUGCCGGACCCCGCGUCGCGCCCGCGCCCCGUGCCCUGCGACGCCCCCGCGCCCGCCGCGCCCACCGUCUCCGACGUGGUGCGCAACGCGUCGUGCGCCGCGCGCCGCAGUGCCGUCUACCUCGUCGUCAACCUGCCCGAGGAGGCACCGUGCGCGGGGGAGCCCGACUGCCCGCCCGACGGCUUCUUCAUCUACAACACCAACGUCGUCUUCGACCGCACCGGCGCGCUCAUCGUCAGGUACCGCAAGACCCACCUGUACGUGGAGCCCGGCUUCAACAGCGGCCGCGAAGGCCAACGCCCCGUAUUCGACUCGGAUUUCGGCGUGCGCUUCGCCACCUUCAUCUGCUUCGACAUCAUGUUCGAGGACCCCACCUUGAAGGCGGUGCGCGAGAUGGGCGCCACGGACAUCCUGCACAACUCCGCCUGGUUCUCCACCCCGCCCUUCUUCACCGCCAUCCAGCUGCAAGGCAACUGGGCACAUGCGACCAACGUGACGCUGCUCUCGUCGGGCUUGAACCGGCCCAGCGGCAGCCAGACGGGCUCCGGCAUCUACUGGGGUGACCGGGGCGCCAUGCGGGCGGUGCUGCAACAGCAGUUCGGCACCACCGUCCUCCGCGUGCGGGUGCCCAAACGCCCGGCGUCGCCGCCCGCGCCCCCGCCCCCGCCCCCACCGCCCGCGCCGCCCACGCUGUACAACCUCACGCUGCCAGAGCCGCCCCUCCGCACCAGCACAGCCGGCCAACUGCUGUUGUACCGGGAAACAAUAUGUAGCGCCCCAUCAGUUACAAUCGUUCUGACAUCAAACUUCGACUGCCAAACGAAGAACAAAAUGGGUGCCACCGGCGGGGAGGCGUUCCCCACUGUGGGCUGGAUGGAGAACAUUGGUGGGGACCAAUGCAAGGGAGCAAAGAGUUCCGGUUAUCGCAUGCUGCGUGCUUCUUCUCCUGCGCAGGAGGACUUGAGCGCGUGGACGACGGUGCUGCUGCCGCCGGCGGGCGGCGUCUUCAACACCACGCUGUGCCACGGCUCGCUGUGCUGCCGCGUGGAGGCGCUGACGGAGGCGCCGCCGCCAUCCGCCGCGCGCGCGCCGCGCUACUUCUACCGCGCCGUGGCGUUCGACGGCAUGAUGCCCGUGGCGACGCUGGCGGCGCUGGGCGAGCAGGCGUGCGGCGUCGUCGCCUGCCUCGACGCCAACGACCUGCUGUCGUGCGGCGGCGUCGACACCCGCGCCGUCGCCGGCCUGCGCUUUAAGCGCAUCUCCGUGCGCGCCGCCGGGUUCCAGCGCGCCCGCGCCCUCCAACUUUAUCAAAAUUUUGUGGAAAAAUAUAUUAAUAAAAUUACGAAAAUAUUGAAUUUAUUUCGAACAGAAAUAAACACGUGCGACAAACAACCGAACACGCUGGCGGCGGAGUCGCUGAUGCCACUGCCGGCCGCCGCCUACCGCUUCCGCGCGCUGCCCGAGGCGCCGGGGUCGCAGCGCGUGCGCGCUGCCAUCGCGUCCACGCGGCCGCUCGACGCGUCGCUGCUCACCUUCGCCGUGCACGGGCGCGUCUUCUCACGCGACCGCUCCUACAGCGCCGCGCUGCCGCGCCCCUGACCUCGCCCUCUGCAAGACGACCACCAUAAACGAAGAAGAAGAAGAACAAGCUCACUUGGCAAUGUAUUUUUUCGCCAUUUGGUAUAAUGAAAAUUACAUAACAGUUUACAGAAAAAUCAAGGUCUCUGAUGGAAAACAUACGAAUCCAUAUUGUAAGUGGAUCUGAAUGCAACGCAAAGGACAAUCUUACAGCGUCAAUAUUUAUAAUCUCCUUUCUCUAUAGUUGAAUUUUGAUUAUUGUUAAUGGUCUCCAUAGUAUAUAAAUUUAUUGUAUUUAUAAGGUAUGAUAUAUUUACUUUUUUUGCAAUUUAUUGUUUCUGUAACAAAUUAAAUGCAUUUUUACAUUGUUGUAUUGCUUACGAAAUACACAAGUAUCAGAAGAAAUAUCUUCACUUUUGGUAACUUAUAUCUGAUUAGUAAAAUGAAACAAAUUACAAUAGAAACUAUGAAAGUAAAUAAAGUCUUGCUUAUUCCUAGGUCUAAAAUAAACAAAAAGUCUUUCAAACUGUAUUU